GAAAGGCGGAAGCUCUUUUUGGCUCAUGCUAGCAUUAUUUCUUUCUAACAUCAUUAACUAACCUUUCCGAAUAAUUCCUUUCAGGGACAAACUAAUUAAGAAUGUAAAUAAAACAACACAAAAUAUAUUUUAGUUAUUAAAUUAAUUGCCUAGGCACAAUUGAGUUCAUGUGCAGCGCCCCACUCCGGCGCUGAUACUGAAGCGCAGCGCUAACCGUCAGUGAGGAAGUUCUAGUUACUUCGUUCACUAGCAGAGGCUAACUCGCUGAAAGGUAAACAAGUCAGCUGAAUGAGAUGAGACCCAAGUCCCGGAUUAAGUAAAGUUUGCCGCAAUGAAGGAAGACAAAGAAAACAAUCGACCGAAGGAGAAAAGGGUGGAGAUAAAGUGUGAAGAUGGAGAAAAGACGGAGAAGUCCAAGGAAAAGAAGGAGGCCAUGACAAAGAUUGUGAUCAGACGACUACCACCAAGUCUCACCAAAGAGGAGCUGGAGGAGCAACUGCAACCGCUCCCAGAGGUGGACUAUUUGGAGUUCUUCUCUAACGACACGAGCCUUUACCCUCACCUCUUUGCAAGGGCUUAUAUCAACUUCAGAAACCAAGAGGAUAUAGUCCUCUUCAGAGAUCGCUUUGAUGGAUAUGUAUUCAUUGACAGCAGAGGUCAGGAGUAUCCUGCCAUUGUGGAGUUUUCACCUUUUCAAAAAACUGCCAAGAAAAGAAGUAAAAAAAAGGAUGCAAAGUGUGGAACAAUUGUUGAAGAUCCAGAUUACAAAAGGUUCCUUGAAUAUUACAACGGGGACGACGAGAAGCUAACGUCUACACCUGAGAUCCUGUUGGAGGAGAUUGAGGCUAAAUCAAAGGAACUCGUUGCUAAAAAAACAACUCCUCUGCUGGACUUCCUGAAGAAUAAACAGAGACUCAGGGAGGAGAAGAAAGAAGAGCGAAGGAGGAGGGAACUCGAGCGCAAACGUCUGCGCGAUGAGGAGCGUCGUAAGUGGAGGGAGGAGGAGAGGAGGAAACGCAAAGAGGCAGAGAAGAUGAAGAAGCUCGAGAAACCGCUGGAGAAGGACAAAGACCAAGCUAAAGACGAGCCAAAGAUAAAGCUCCUGAAGAAGCCAGAGAGAGGAGAUGAAGGCAACCCGGAGAAGCCAAAAGAGAAGUCCAAGAAGCCAGAGAAGCCAAAUAAAGAGGACAGAUCUUUGGGAGGUUCUGAUCAUAAGAGACGUCAGAACAUCGAGCACAAGGAGGAUCGAGGAAGGAAAGGGGACGAAGAUGGGCGGAAGGAGUUUAGGGAGCGUGACACGGAUCGAGACAGAGACCGAGAGCGCGAGAAGGAGCGUCGGCAGAAAGAGAGGGAACGCUUCAAGCGACAGGAUGAGGAACGUCGGAGAAGAAGGGAACAUCAGGAUGGAGAUAACUCCUUCAAGAAGCGGGAGGAGGAGGUUAAAAAAGAUAAACCCUUGGAGAAGAAGAAGGGUGAAAACAUGCCAGACUCCCCACACAGUGAGAAGCCAGAGAAGCCUGCUAAGGACAACAAGAAGGAGGACGGUGGGAAAAGAGAGCGGCUACGGAAUAAGGACCGGCCUGCUAUUCAGCUGUACCAGCCAGGUGCAAGAAGCCGCAACCGUGCUGCAGGAGGAGGAGCUGAAUCCAACUCUGCUGACAGAAAGCCAGAUACCGAGGCUAGGAAAGUGGCUGAGAAAGAAGACGACUGAGCAGAUUUCUACCUGCAGCAUUUUUACGUUUGGCGAAGAGAGAGGAGACAGGCCUGUGGGGCUCAGAGCAGCAGAGUGGCAUCUGGAGGCCACGUGCAGCACAGCAUCAGGGUCUCCCAGUCUCAGAGGCAGAGGUGUGAUUGUGGAGCCUGUUAGUGCCUAAAUGUGACCCUGUUUAGUUUUGUUUGAUCAAAGAGGUAAACUUUGGAAAGAGUUUGGCUGUAGGGCACAUUAGUGAAGCCAAAGCUUUCUUGGACCACAUAAACUCAAAGUGACCUUACUUCAGUAGCGUUUCUCUGAUGGAAAAUGUGUGGUAGGCGCUGAAAACUUUAGCUUUCAACUUGUCUUUCAUCUAAAACUCACUCAAACUUUCCAAUCAGUCAGUAUUUCUACAUUGCAGAGCUCUACAGCAUAGUUUCUACACUCCUUAAUGAUUUUCCUUUUGUAGCAUUGGCACUUUCAGUUUGAAGUGUACACAUAAAAAUGACACCUUUGGCUCAAUCCCAGCGUCCAUGCUCACAAACCUUUGAGUUGUGCUUGUGUUAAAUGUGUGAGGGCUACACGUUUUAACUCCUCCAUGCACACCAUCCUUAAGCCCAGUUUCUCCAGACUUUACCUUAGGGAACUAUUCACAGUUCACAGGAAAAGCCAGCAAGUGAGAGGAGCAGCCACCCAAGAAGUCAACGCAAUGCACUAUAUGCCUUAUUACACUUUUUUAAAACGUAUUAUAUUUCGACUAAAUCAAGUAAAUCCAUUAUAUGACAGGUCGCUCUUGUCUCCUCUGUUAGAUGGGAGCCUGGAACACAACAGAUCAGACAGACCCUAGGCCACAAUAAUAGAAAACCUAUUCUGGCUUUAAGGUUCCUGUUUAUACCAUUUUGAUCCAUGUUAUACUCGCACACUCACAUUACUGCUUUGAGGGUUUCAUGUUUAGGGCAUAGGGUUUGGCUUUACUCUGCUUGGAUAGCCGUACAAUUCAUAUAUAACAUGAACUGGCAGAUAUAAUCUGCGCUUCUGUUAUCUGGGAUCAACUGUUUUCAUUUCAUUCAGUCAGUGACAAAGGAGAAACAGCCAUUUUGACUAGACUGGCAUGUAAAAUUGGAGCUGACUCGACCAAUCUGUGGCCUUUCCUCUUUUUCUAAUCUCAAACUGUCCUUAAAACAUUCAUCUGCGAUGCUCUAAUCUGAAUGCAGCAUGGAAACAUAUCACUGCUGGUGAUGCUAACAUACUGUAGCCUCUUUUGACUACUAAUAAAAGAGAUCGUCACUAAA